ACGGUGAAGACGACUUGCUGCUGCUCCACGGCGAACCUUAGCUGAAUCUCAAGAGGCCCGCGGAACUUAUCAGCCUUUAGCGGAGCGAUUAGAUGUGCGAUUAGGAAAAGCAAUGGCUACGCUGGGCGCCUGGGACUAUGCCAUAUUGGCCUUGGUUCUCAUCAUUUCCGUGGCCAUUGGCAUCUACUAUCGUUUUGUGGGCGGCAAACAGAAGACCACAACCGAAUAUUUGCUGGCGGAUCGGUCGAUGGGCGUCGCCCCGGUGGCCUUUAGCCUGAUGGCCAGCUUUAUGUCGGCCAUUACCAUACUGGGUGUGUCCAUGGAGAACUAUCAGUACGGCACCAUGUUCGUCCUGAUUAAUCUGUCGUAUGUGGUUUCCACGCCCGUGGCUGCCUACCUCAUCAUCCCGGUCUUCUAUCGCCUGAAAACGGCCAGUGUGUACGAAUAUCUGGAGCUGCGCUUCGGCUAUGCUACUCGACUGGCCGCCUCGCUGAGCUUCUCGCUGCAGAUGAUCCUCUACAUGGGCAUUGUGGUUUAUGCCCCUGCUUUGGCCUUGGAGGCGGUGACUGGACUUAACCAGGUCUUCUCCAUCGUCAUCGUUGGAGUCGUCUGCACUUUCUAUGCGACACUGGGCGGCAUGAAGGCCGUACUCAUCACGGAUAUCUACCAAUCGCUACUCAUGUUCGCCGCCGUCUUUAGCGUGAUUAUCUGCGCCUGGGUGAAGGCCGGCAGCCUGGAGGAGAUUUGGCGCGUGGCCCAGCAGAAUGGACGCAUCGAUUUCACCAACUUUAGUGUGGAUCCCGCGGAACGGCACACCUGGUUCACUCAGAUCCUGGGCGGAAGUGCCACCUAUUUGGCCAUCUAUGGAGUGAAUCAAACGCAAGUGCAGCGACUGAUGGCCGUGAGGAGUUUGAGUGCCGCCCGAGCGGCUCUGUGGUGGUGCCUGCCCAUUCUGUGCCUGCUGAGCGUGAGCACCUGCUUCUCGGGACUGUGCAUCUACUGGUACUAUCGCAACUGCGAUCCUCUGCUGGAGGGAAGGGUCAACUCGCGUGACCAAGUGAUGCCGCUCUUUGUCGUGGACACCAUGGGCGAGUACACCGGCUUGGCUGGCCUCUUUGUUUCGGGGAUUUUCUGCGCCAGCCUGUCAACGAUUAGCUCGAUAAUCAGCUCACUGGCGGCCGUCACCCUGGAGGAUUACCUCAAGCCGCUGGUCAAUUGCUGCGCGAAGCGAACGCUCACCGAUCGCCAGACGUUGUGGUACUCCAAGCUGCUCUCCUUGUUCUUCGGCGCCCUCUGCAUUGGCAUGGCCUUUAUGGCGGGCUCAAUUGGAGGACUCCUGCAGGCAGCGCUCUCCAUUUUCGGCAUUAUCGGUGGACCUCUGCUGGGACUUUUUACCCUAGGCAUGUAUGUCACAAGGGCCAACGAAAAAGGAGCCAUUGGAGGCCUGCUCAUCUCGCUGGUGUUCUGCUUUUGGAUCGGUUUCGGGCAGCCAAAGCCGCCGUUGGUCAGUUUGGAUAUGUCCACAGAGGGUUGUCCUCUAAACAGGAGCUUUGCAAGCGAUGUUUUUCUGAAAUCUACAAAGGUGGAGUCCCAGGAGGAGCACUUCUUUUACCUGUACAGGAUUAGCUACAUGUGGUACGCUGCCCUGGGCUUCUUGAUUGCCUUCUUUGGCGGCUGGCUGUUGUCUUGGCUGUGUGAGCUGUUUAACUGGGACAACAAUAGACGCAUCUACCAGGAUGCGGACUGUACGCUGAUCAAGCACGAUCUCUUUGUGCCGCCGCUGGCCAAGCGACUGCAGCGGCGACAGAUGCCCCAACUGGUGGUCACUGGGACCAGUUCGGAGAUUGGCGGCAUCUCGGUGGCGCCUCCACGGCUGGACGAGAUCGAGUGGGAGAAGCACAAGGCUGUGGCGUAACCUUUAGAGUUUAGAAACGCUAAAUGAAGUGUUAUAUUGCCUUCUUAUCGUGGCCAAUUCCAUUCAGCUGAGUCAGUAGCACUUCUAAAAAGAAUGGCCAAUCCAAAAGAGAACAACCUGCUUUGUUUUUCCAAUACGGUUAAGUUUAAUAGCAAUUUUAUACAAAUCUAAAUAGUUCACUCUAACAUUAUAGAUGUUUUAGAUAAUAAUUGUGAUAGAAAAAGAAAAAGUUACAUUGUUAUUUACGAAAGUGCCAUCAUAUCGAUCUUGGAGUAUCAUAUAUUUAUCAUUUAUUCCCAUACAUACUAGCCUUUUUCUCUUCGUCACAUUUCUAUCAACUGAACUUUGGCUUUAAUAAACGAGCUUACUCAUA